AUGAUGAAAAUCGCCUUGAUCGUCUGCGUCGUCGCCUUGAGCAGCUGCUGCCUCGGCCAACCGUUGCAACAGGAGCCGGUACAGCAGCCACAGGGCAGUCUUCUGGAGCAGGCCUACGACGUCUACAGCUCGUGCUCGAGCGACUCGGACAUCGCGACGUGCCUCAAGCUGAAGGCGUUGAGAUUCGUCGACAGGGCCGCGAGAUCCGCGGAGAUCAACGUGGUCGACGGUGUGAAAAUCGUCCAGAGCGAGGAAGCCAAGGCCAACAGCCGCGCCGACAACGCCAGGUCGCUGAACGACAUCGAGGCUAGCCUGCCCACCGAGCUCGAGGCCCGCGAGAGCGCCGUCAACGACGUCCUCUACGAUCGCGCGGCCCGCUUCCUCUCGACCCACACCGUCGAGCUGUCCAUGCCCGAGGAGCUCUCCCGCUCCCUCGGAGAAGCCCGCGGCAAAAAGAAGAAGAUCGUCAAAUCUCUGCUGCCUAUCCUCCUCCUGCUGAAGCUCAAGGCCGCCGCUCUCAUCCCCAUCCUCCUCGGUGGUCUGGCCCUGCUCGCCUUCAAAGCCCUGAUCAUCGGCAAGGUCGCCCUCAUCAUCUCCGCCGUUCUGCUGCUCCAGAAACUCUUCGGCAACAAGCACCAGAGCUACGAAGUGGUCAGCCACGAGAUCCCACACCAUCACGAGGAGCAUCACGGCGGCGGCUGGGCCCGAUCCCUCGAGAUGGCCUACGCCGCCCACAAGCCAACGAGCGCCUAA